UCUGUUCUGUUUCUGUCUUUCGUCCAAUUUAGUACCCAAGUGAAGUUUUUUGUAACUGAAAAUAGUAUCCCUUUUGAUAAAAACGUCUGUUUGCAAUUAAAAUAUAUUUUUCUGCUAGUGGAAGUACGUAAUGUUUGCUUGAAAUGUUUAGUUUUACUAAGAAAACGGCACCCGUGAAACGCGAAAGAAAGCGUGAUCCAUCCGAGCUUGGUCUGUUUGGUAUAACGGACGAUGCUGACGACUUAAACGAUGACGAUGAUCUGGUUGCUGGUGGAGAUGCGGACUUUGAGGCAGAGCUCGCAGCUAUUACUUCCGGGUCUGGUAGCAGUGGGAAAAAAGCAAGACCAAAGGCAAAGCCGAAAGAUGGAAUAGUUGCACCGGAAGCACUUGAUGCAAUGAUUGCUGCAAGUCUUAGAGACGUUGGUAGCGAUGAAGAUGUUUCUGACGAAGAUGACCCGGAUUUAAUGAGUGAACUGGCAGAGAUUGCUGGGGAAGAGGUGACUAGUGAGGAACCAGAAGUGGGAGGAUCUCCUCCCAAAAAAGCAGCUUCUUCUGAAGGAGCAGUGAAGGAUCUGAUUAGAUCUAGGUUGGAAAUGUACACGGUUGCUGAGCAAAAUGCCAAACGCGCUGGGGAAUCUAGCAAAGCACGGCGAUUUAACCGCGGGUUGAAUACAUUGAAGGAUUUACUCAAACAAGCGGAAUCAGGGAAAACAAUAGAUCCCAGUGCGAUUCCACCCGAGGUUAGCGUUAAGAUUGCAGGAUCUGUUGGACCUACGCCUGAUACAACAAAAGAGGAAAAGUCUGAAAGUACUCCGCCAGUUCCCACUCGGCGUGCCCCUGCACCACCUCCAACUGAUUCAGCUACAGGACCUCCACCAUCCGACCCAGCUCCGAUAUUUGAACCUACGAGCAUGCCGAAACUUUCCGAUUUGAGACAAGAACCAACAGAAAAUCCUAAGCUAAAAUCGUUGAAUGAACGAAAAGAUCAAUACAAAGCUGCUGCGUUAGAAGCGAAGAAAGCUGGCAAUACAGAAAAGGCAUUGAAGUAUAUCAAGACUGUAAAGCAAUUCGACACCGUGAUUAAUGCCCUUGAAAGCGGCCAAGAGGUGGAUUUGAGUCGCAUGCCCCCACCACCUUCCGAAGUUAACGAUUCUGUAACCGCUGCUCCUCCGCUUGUGCCUCCUAGAAGAGCUCGAAAAGAAGAAGACCGAGUACAAAAAGACGCCGAAGUGCCUGAUCAUACGCCCACUGUAGAACUACCUGCCGCAGAAGCUCCCGCUCCUGAUGAGGAACCCGAAGAGGACCUCAUUCAGGCGGCAACCAUUAUGGAAGCACUACAGCAACGUUUGGAGAAGUAUAAAUCCGUAGAAAAGGCGGCUAAAGACGAAAAUAACGCUUCGAAAGCUCGCAGAAUUGGACGUAUAGUAAAACAGUACGAGGAUGCCAUCAAGUUGCAUAAGGCGGGAAAACCGAUUCCACUGGAUGAGCUUCCGACACCGCCCGGUUAUGCUCCGAUUCCGGUAGACGAGGCUGCGAAGCCACCGCCAGCACCUUCACCACGGCCUGCUCCCAAGGCUCCGCCACCAGCCGCGGCUGUCGUUGCAGGGUCAAGCAAGGAACCACGAGCUGCAUUAACCCAGAAUGAAAGGCAAUUGGCGGUGUUGCUGCAGCGCCAAAAGGAAUACCGUCAGGCGGCGGUGGAAGCGAAACGGGCCGGCGAAUUGGAAGAAGCCAAGGAGUACAUACGAAUUUUCAAAGGGCUUGAAAAGCUAAUCGAUACAGCCCGCGGUGGUAUACCGAUCGAUAUGGCUACUGUUCCCAUAGCUCCGGCAAAGCGAAGCUCGCUGGAAGAUUCAUUUACGAUUGUCGCUGAGGAGGAUUGCUCGGCGACGGAUGAUGCUGACGUUGAUCUGAAUACUCGACUGGAGGAGCAGCUUUCCAAGCAGUUGAUCAUGUGUAGGAACACCAGAGACCACCACAGGGCGAUGGGAGAUGUUGCCGGGACGAAUCGGUUCGAGAAUCUAGCGCUGAGCGUGCAGAAGGAUUUGGAUUUCGUUAGGCUCGCUCAUAAGAAAAGACUGCCAGUGCCUAAAUUCCACUACGAAAUGAAGCAAUUUAACGUAGUUAAAUGCAACACGGAUUUGACGGAAAACGAGGUGGAAGUUACGGUGGUUAGGGGUAUUGCAUACAACGUGCCUAAUCCAAAGGAAAUCGAUACUUAUGUGAAGUUUGAAUUCCCUUACCCUCAGGAUGAUCCCACCAGAGGCAAGACCGGAUUGGUACGCGAUACAGAUAAUCCGGAAUAUAAUCACCGACACAGCAUCGAAAUUCAUCGUAAUCAGCGAACAUGCCAGCGAAUUUUUAAACGACAAUCAUUGAAAUGCGAAAUAUUUUCAAAAGGAGGUUUCCUGCGCUCGGAUACGCUUAUCGGUACAGUUACGGUGAAACUGCAGCCACUGGAGACGCAGUGCGAGAUACACGACUCUUUUCCGCUGAUGGAUGGACGUAAAGCAGUUGGUGGUAAGCUGGAAUUGAAGAUACGUGUUCGGAAUCCCAUACUGGCAAAGCAGAUCGAGCAGAUCAACGAAAAGUGGCUGAUUAUUGAUGCAUGAAGGGCCGUUACCAACUGACUGGUAGAGUAGUAUCAGUGAAAAUAUAAAACAAGAAAUUCAACUGAAUCUGCACAUUGCUAGCAAUGCGGUAUUGCAAAACUUUCUACUUACUCAACAGAACUGGAUAACUCUUCUUUGCUGCCAGCAAAAAAAAAAAAAAGAAAGAAUUAUUUUAAAUAUUUGUCGAGUUCCAGAAAAGCGUCAAACCUAAAGUGAAAAGUUUAGUUUGCUACAUCAAGUUGUUACUGUUGCGUCCUGGUGUGACACCGGCUUUGUGAUACAAGCAGCUGAAUAAAAGUGUAAACGUUACCA